ACAGACGUGACGUAAUUCCCCGGCGACUGGACCAUUUCGUAAACAUCAAUCCGUUUGAUAUUUCCGCAUUAUCGAGGUAUUUCUCCCGGAGAUUAACGGAAUGGCUUUGGAAACGGUCCCCAAAGACCUUCGCCAUCUGCGAGCCUGUCUUCUUUGUUCUUUAGUGAAGACCAUUGACCAGUUUGAAUAUGACGGCUGUGACAACUGCGAGUCGUACCUGCAGAUGAAAGGGAACCGAGAGAUGGUUUAUGAAUGCACAAGUUCCUCAUUUGAUGGUGUGAUAGCCAUGAUGAGUCCGGAGGACAGUUGGGUUGCUAAAUGGCAGAGGAUAGGCAACUUCAAGCCAGGUGUAUAUGCAGUGUCAGUGACAGGCAGACUACCUCCAGGUGUGGUGAGAGAGUUGAAAAGCAGAGGAGUAAUCUACAAAUCCAGAGAUACAGCAGUGAAGACAUAAACCGGACUGCUUCCAGUUGUCUGGUCAGAGCGGUAUGACACUGCAGCACCAACGCCAGGAAGAAGGAACACCAGUGGGACUAAAUUUGAUCAAGUCUGUAAUGUCUUAUGAAACUGUCCUCCAGCUGUUGGAGCCCUAGAACUUUUGUCUUUUGUUGUGAUUAGAAAUGUUUGCAUGAGGGCUUAUUGGUGAGAAAAAGGGGAUGUUUUCUCUUUGUUUUUUAUUAAUUGCAAAAAAAAUAAAGGUUGGUUUUAUAAGAAA